AUGUCAACAAGGAAGAUCACGCUGAGGAGCUCCGACAGCGAGAUCUUUGAGAUCGACGAUAUUGUGGCACUCGAGUCUCAGACGAUCAAGCACAUGCUCGAGGACGAUUGUGCCAACAAUGGUAUUCCCUUGCCCACUGUCACAAGCAAGAUCUUGGCCAAGGUAAUCGAAUAUUGCAAGAAACACAUCGAGAGUCCGAAAAAUGAUGAUCAAAAUGCCAAUGACAAACUCAAGUCCUUGGACACCAAUUUCGUCAAUGUUGACCAGACGAUUCUCUUUGACCUCAUUUUGGCUGCAAACUAUUAG